GAGCGCAGAACUGGACACAGCCCUCCAAAUGUGCCUCACCAGGGCUAAGCAGAGGAGCAGGACCACCAACCUGGACCUGCUGGCAAUGCCCUUCCAAAUGCACGCCAGGACAGCGGUGCCCCUCGUGCCUUUGCUCUUGUUGUGUUUCAGGAGGUUCAGUCCGUGUCACGACGAUCUUCCCACGGAGCGCUGUCCCCGCCCCCGCGCGGGCGGCAGCGCCGCUGCUCCUCCCGCCCAGCAGGGGGCGAGCCGUCGCCGAGCCCGCGGGUCGCUCCACUUCCGUGUGUGCGGGCGCAUGGCGGGGCCCGGCGGCGCGGCGGGGCCGGCAGCGGCCCGGGAGCUGCUGGACGUGAGGCCCCGGCCAGGGCUGGAAGACAUUUUGCUGAUUAAUUCAAAAUGUAGCAGCAAAAAGGCCACAACUUUACAGACGGUUAAGGUGCCAAGGAGCAAUGUUUUGGACCAAGUACAGAGCUUUUUACCACAGAUGGCCCAGGCAAAUGAUGAGCUCAAAAGAAAAAUGGUAACAGCACCCGCUCAUCAGUUUGAUAUUGAACAUCUAGACAGUGAAACAGAAGAAGUUAUAGAAAUGAAUGUGGCUGUAGUUGAACUGAGUGAUUCUGAUACAGAUGAAGAGUUGCUGACUUCAGAAGAUGACUCAGAAUCUGAUGAAGAUGACUCUGUAAUUGAUGAAGUAACAGCAGACAACAUUAAGUUUCCUAAAAAAAAGGGAGAAAAGGGCAAAAUAGAAAUUUUGGACAGCAAAGCAAAUGAGUAA